AUGUCCAGCACUAUAUCAACAUUUCUGACAUCUCUCAGUAGUACGGAUAAGGCUGUCCUCGCUGCUGGCGGUGUAUGGAUAGUGUAUCUGCUGUCACGAAGCAAUGGAGGACCAGCACCACUUCCGCCGGGACCACGUCCACUUCCUUUGGUCGGCAACAUGUUCCAGAUUCCCCAGAAAGACGAAUGGCCUGUGUACGAAGCUUGGGCGAAGAAAUACGGUAGGCCUCGUCGGGACUCAUUACCAGUAAACACGUUUGUAACACUAGCUGUACUAGGUCCAAUCACAUAUCUCACCAUGCUAGGAACGCCCAUGAUCGUGCUGAACUCGCUGAAGGCCAUCCGGGAGCUUUUGGAGGAGCGAUCAGCAACUUACUCGAACCGCCCGCUCAUGGCCAUGAAGGAACUCUGCGACCUCGAUUGGGUCCUCACUUACAUCUCAGGUGAACCACACCGCGUCCGGCGGGCGACUGUCCAGCGAUAUUUCUCCGGCCCGGCGUCUGUCAAGCACCGACAUCAUCAACAGGAAGAGUCCCGCGUGUUGGCUGCAAACUUGUUGAGACGACCAGAUGCUCUCGAUGACCACAUCAAGCAGCACACCUCUAGCUCGAUACUAUUGGGGACAUAUGGGUAUCGCGUAUCCGGGACUGACGACCCCAUCGUCCACGAAAUGGAGCGUUCGUUCAAGCAGGCUGAGGAGCUUAACGGACCCCUGGCAUUCCUAAUUGAAAUCGGGCCUAAUUUAAAAAACUGGCCGAAUCUACUGUCGCUUUCGGGAUUCAGAAAGACUGUAGAUGAAAUCAAGCACGUCUUUAACGCGUGCAGAGUUGACCCGUUCAAGCGCUCAAGAAACAUGAUCGAUGACGGUACAGCUGUGCCUUGCUUUGUGUCUACCUCUCUCGACACAAUUUCCUCCGAGACAUCUCUCUCUCCAAUUGAGGUCGAGAAAAAAGAAGAGCUCAUAAUGGAUUGCGCAUCCGUCAUGUACGCAGCAGCUACGGAUUCUACGAGUUGCACCCUACGCUGUUUCUUUGCUCUCAUGGCACUACACCCCGAGGUUAUGAGGCGUGCGCAGGAGGGCAUUGACAAUGUCACUGAGACGGAGAGACUUCCGACUUUCGAUGACUGGGAGAGGCUUCCGUACAUUACCGCGAUCAUUUUGGAGGUGUUGAGGUACAACACCGUUACCCCGCUCGGUCUACCUCACGGGGUGGCUAAAGACGAUAUCUACGACGGAAUACUAAUUCCCAAAGGCUCAAUGAUCUGUGCCAACGUAUGGCUCAUCUAUCAUGAUCCAGAGAUCUUCCCAGAUCCCUAUUCCUUCAAACCAGAACGUUUUAUGGGCGAAAAUGGCGCUCGGGGUCGGGAGGUCAUGAAUAUGACUUGGGGAUUUGGGAGAAGAACGUGUCCAGGCAAACAGUUCGCAGAAGCCGUACUUUUCAUUACUGUGUCGACGGUGAUCACCUGCUUCGAUAUAGAGCCGAAACGCUCGUCUACGGGCGAGGCGCCUACGUUGACGUUCUAUGAUGGUUUUAUUAGGCGGCCAAAACCAUUCCCCAUGACAAUUAGGCCUCGAUCGGAUAAAUGGGCGUGGUUACUUGAUCCUUAG